AUGACGGUGACGGUGGAGUGGGCCAGACCUGACCUGGACCCCAGAUUUGUCUAUGUGUCACGUAUCGGUCAGGAACUUGAAAAACUGAAAAAUCCUGUCUACAAAGGGAGAACAUCAAUGUUCACUGAUGAACUGAAGCACGGAAACAUUUCACUGAAACUCUCCAAAGUGAAACAGGCUGACGCAGGGAGAUACAGAUGCUUCAUUCCUGAGCGAGAUGAAGACACGUUCAUGGAGCUUGUUGUCGGAGCUGUUUCUGCACCUAUCACCACUUUAGCAGGAACUGAUGGAAAAGGAGGAGUUGUGCUGCAGUGUGAGUCUGCAGGCUGGUAUCCAGAGCCUGAGCUGUUGUGGCUGGACGGUGAGGGAAAGCUCCUCUCUGCUGGACCUCCAGAGACAGUCAGAGGUCCUGAUGACCUCUAUACUGUCAGCAGCAGAGUGACUGUGGAGAAGAGACACAGCAACACCUUCACCUGCAGAGUCCAGCAGAACAACAUCAACCAGAGCAGAGAGACAAGGAUUCAUGUUGCAGAUGAUUUCUUUAUCGUCCAGUCCAGUUCCACCUCGACCACCAUCGGUUUGGCUGUUGGUUUGGUUGUUUCUAUCGUCCUGUUAAUUCUAGCAGUUGUUCUUUUUGUUCGCACAAGAAGAGAAAACAGUAAGUCACACAUUAAUUACAUUAUUCUUGACCUUUACAAA